AUGUUAACCAAUGUCUAUCGUGAGGGAACUGCACAUUGUGGGCAUCAAUAUUACUGUCCUCACCUUUGGACUACUGUCUUAAUUGUUGAUACGCGCUGCUUCGGUGUGGGGCAUGAGUAUGAUUUUCUCUUAAACAUCAAAUGGCUUUAUUUAAAUCUUACAUCCAUUCAGAACACCCAUACGUAUCCUUGGCUGGGGCCCCUGUCAUCCUCAUUAACAAUAAGCCAAACAUGUGCUGGAAAGAGCCUUCAGGAUGUUUCAUAUGUAGUUUCUAUACAUUUUCAAAAAUUUGAUAAUCAAUACCACCACCAAUGUCUGGGAACAAUAAUCCAAGAACAGAUCAUUUUAACAGCGGCCCAUUGCUUUUAUAGCUGUCAAAAUCCCAAAAAGUUUCGUGUAAUAAUCAAUCAGAAUAAGGAAAUGAAUUCUGCAUAUUAUCAUGAAGUUGCAACAAUUGUUUUACAUGAGAAUUUCUAUCCCUUGCAAGGGAAUGAUAUUGCCUUGGUGAAACUUGCUGUCCCAAUGGUGCUGGAUGGUAAAUUCCUAAAGAAACUCAAUUAUAAUCAUAGCGAAUCUAUAGAGGAAAAUGUUCAAGGAUAUGCAAUUGGUCGAAAUCGCAGUAAUGUGUUAAAGCCAAAUGGCAGUUCAAACAAAUCCUUAGAAGCGAUGGACAAUGUUUACUUCAAAUUGAUACCACUUCGUAUUAUAGAUUACAAUAGAUGUCGGCAGAGGAAGUUUGUGCAUCUAACAAGAAAUGAACUGUGCACUUUAGCCUAUGAAACUUCAGGACCAUGUGAUGGUGAUUCUGGUGGCCCCUUGGUUAAUGAAUAUCUUAAUGUGCAAUGGGGUCUAUUAUCUUAUAGUAGAUCAAUGUGCAAGCCUCAUCGCAUUUAUGUGUUUACUCGCCUGCAACCAUUUGUGGAAUGGAUAAAUAAAACCAUGAGAAAAAUGUUAACUUAAUAUUUUGAGAAUCCUUUCGACUGAAAUCCUUUCGAUAUGAAAUUGAAAAUGUUUGUUCUGCAAGAUCAAAAGCAAGAAGUCUUCUUCAGAAGGCUCUGAUUCCCAAGGCUCUGAUUGAAAUUUGGCAGGAAAGAUUUUCUCUUGACUCUCGACGUUACUGGUGAAUUUUAUAUAAAUCGGUUCAGAUUUAGAUAUAUAAAUAUACCAGCCGAACCGGGCCCGCUCCGCUGCGCCUUCUUUAA